UAUAUAUAUAUAUAUAGCAGAUGCGCCUUGUGUUUAACUUCUCAUCAUGCGGAGUUUCAUAAAGAACAUAUCAUUGUGUCUGCGAUUAACUGGAAACUGAAAAGUGUGUGCCGUUCUUCAUUUUUCUUGUUAUCGUUUAAGUUAACGCCAUUUGAAAUAAACUGGACUGGAAUGAUGAGUGGAACACAGCAAAAUGACGCCAAGAGACAGCAUCUACUUGAGCGGCUACUGGAUGCAGUCAAACAGUGCCAAAUCCGCUUUGGAGGAAGGAAGGAGAUUGCUUCUGACUCAGACAGCCGGGUGAUCUGUCUUUGUGCCCAGUUCGAAGCUGUGCUGCUGCAUGGGCUGAGAAGAAGUCGAGGGCUGGCGCUCACUGCUGCUGCUAUCAAGCAAGUAGCAGGGUUCUCCAACAAAGCAGAAACAGAGCUGUCGUUCUGGUUCUACGUGAAGGAACACCUGAACAGGCACGAGCUGCAGCGCUUCUACUCCAUGCAGGGCAUCACCUCCGAGGUGGGGCGUGGCCGGGCGUGGCUGCGCUGUGCACUCAACGAGCAUUCGCUGGAGCGCUCCCUGCGCACGCUGUUGUCCGACCGCACACGACUUGGUGUCUACUAUGAAGACUGGGCCUUUAUAAUAGAUGAGGAGAGAGCCAGUAUGCUUCCCACUAUGGCUGCAGGGCUGAACUCGAUCCUCUUUGCCAUUCAAAUUGACAACACUGACCUGAAUGGGCAGAACAGGGCAGCACCCUCCGUCUCUCACCUGCUGAAGGAGUCUUCGCAGGGGGUGAGCAGCCUGUGGAAGGAGUCGACUCAGGGAGUGAGCACACUGCUCCGCGACAUCACCACCACCACCAGCAACGCCGCUGCCACCGCCUCCACCUUCAACUGCAACACCCGACCAGAGCAGGAGGCUGACCCGCUGCCUGUGCUGUCCCGCAGCACCUCUGCAGAAAGCCACCUGAAGAAGGAGCGCAAGAAGAAGAAGAAGAAGAAGAAAAAGGUGACGAACAUCAUCUCGUUCGAAGAUGAUGACGAGGGUGGCGAUGAAGAGGAGUGCGGGGUGAGAAAGAGCGGAAUGGGGCCUGCUUGCUCGGAGGAGAGGGAGUGCAGUGACCACUCCCCCAUGCUGAAUGGGGCGUUGGGCUGGGGGGGAGGACACGCCCACAACAGACAGUUGAUUGACACGAAGAGCAUCGACAAUGAGGAGGAGGAGGAGGAAGAGGAGCUGUAUGGGAAGGCAGUCUCCGGGGAAGAGCUGGAAGAGGACAGGGGCUCAGCAGAGCAGCCCUUGAUGAGAAGCCUAUCAAGCUUGUCGACAUGCUGCCCUCUGCAGGUCAUCAACGACAACGACAGCUCUGACAUCCUCCUCACCGUCAGCACUGAGGACGCCUACUCACAGUCUGAGGCUUCUGUGGAGGGCAUGGGGUACCACAAAGAGCAGGACAGGGCUGCCUUGGCUGUGGAGCUUGCUCAAAGAGUAUCCCAGCUCCAGUUCAGCAUGGAAGACAGUGCCCCUGUGAAAACCAACUCUUUGAACAGCAUGCUGCCUCUCACUGUCCUGCCAGAAUCAAUGACAGUCACUGAGCUUCGACAAGCCAUAGUCGCCAUGAUGAACAGGAAGGAUGAGCUGGAGGAUCAGAAUAGGUCUCUGCGCAGCCUACUGGAUGGGGAGAUGGAGCACUCUGCUGCUCUGAGGCAGGAACUGGACUCUCUCAACAAGAGGCUCGCUGAGCUGGAGGAGAGGCACGCAGCCAAGGUCCAGGCUCUGGGGAGGGAGAACGCGGUUCUGAAAGUCCAGCUCAAGAAGUAUGUGGGUGCUGUCCAGAUGCUGAAGAGAGAAGGGGGGCAGAUCAAUGAUGUGCUCCCGACACUGCGGAACUGCGAUGGGGAGCCGCACGUCCCAGAGCCCAAACCACCUGGAGACUCGGAGGAGUUGGCAGCCAGCUACGAGCGCAAGCUCAUUGAGGUUGCUGAGAUGCAUGGCGAGCUGAUUGAGUUCAACGAGCGACUGUACCGCUCCCUCAUGGCCAAGGAUCACCUGGUUUCCCAGAUGAGGCAGGAGCUGAUUGACCUGCGGGGCCCAGUCCCAGGAGAUCUUAGCCAGACCUCCGACGAUCCCAGUUUGUCUGAUUUUGAAACUGCUCACAGAGCCCUCAUUAAUGUGUGGAUCCCCUCGGUGUUCCUGCAUGGACAAGCUGCCAAUGCCUACCAUGUGUACCAGGUGUAUAUCCGGAUCCUGGAUAAUGAGUGGAAUGUGUAUCGGCGAUACACGGAUUUCCGGACACUGCAUCACAGGCUGCUAUCCCGAUUCCCACAGGUCGACACCUUCAACUUCCCACCCAAGAAAGCCAUUGGAAACAAGGAUGCAAAGUUUGUGGAGGGCCGGCGGAAGCAGCUGCAGAGCUAUCUGCGCAGUGUGAUGAACAAGGUGAUCCAGACCCUGCCCGAGUUCACCGCCAGCCCCACCAAGGAGACCCUGCUCCAGCUGCUGCCCUUCUGCAUGGAUACCUCACCUUUGAUGGACAGUGAUAACAAGCCCGCUCGAUCCAGAUUCCCCAUUCUAUCUCGCGGCCAACAAAGAGAGAUUCGCAACCUGGAACCACAGAGUGGAGACCUCUGACCUCCAACCCCGAACCCAGAGAACCAAGGCUGAACCUACUAGAUGAGAGACCUCUACCAGGUGACCCCUAGAAUCCCUGACACCACUCAACAGCCUACCAGCUUCAACCUCUGGGGAGCCCACAUUCCUUUCCACUUACAGAUCUGCACUAAACAACAUCUGCACUGCACAUUGGGCUUCAGAGUAAAGAUGGGGACAACAAGCUUUUGGAAAUUUUGAAGUUAGAAUUUUUAUUUUUUGUAAAUCAAAUAUUGAUUCACACAUAUAGUAUUAUAUGCAGAUAUAUACAUAUUAGUCUGCUGGAUCAAGUCUUUCUUUAAGUGUUAGUCAGAUUCCUUGGUGUUUAAAGUUGUGAAUGACGGAUAUUGAUUCAUGGAUUUUGUCUUAAGAACAUAAGAACAUAAGAAAGUUUACAAACGAGAGGAGGCCAUUCGGCCCAUCUU